CCAGUCUUUUCAAUGCAAACUUCAACUCCUCCUCCUCCUCCCUCUAAUGCCGGUAACUCACAUCCAAGGCUGGGCGAGGAAUCCGGAGGGGAGAUUUUCCUCAUGCUCACCGUUGUUGGAAACUGGGAGAGAGAGAGAGGAAGGCAGCAGGGGAUCCGAGGCGCUCUCUACCUACUACCAGCCUGACCAGGGGAGGGGGCACCUAGAUUUGCAUCUUUUCUUCGUGGUGGUUGAGAACUGCAGGUUCAAUCGGAUCCCCCUGAGCACUGGCGAUUGAUUAUUUUUAAAAAAAUCGACACUGGGAGAAGGGAGGCUGUGUCUUCGGCCGUCAGACUCGGAGGUGGUAUUGGUGUGUGUAUGUGUGCUGGUGGUUUUUUUCUUUUUCUUUUUUCUUUUUUUCUUUCCUUUUUUUUUUUUUUUUUUUCCCUUUCCUUCUCUCCUAGGGACUACACAAUGGCAGUGUUCUCUCAGUGAGAUGAAUCCUGCUUUGACUCCUGCAGACUCACCCAGCCUCGUAGCGAUCAACUAAAAGGCUAUGGUUUUCUCUUUGGGGAUCUUUUGUGCAUUACUGUUCUCCCUGAUUAGUUCUGGUCUCAGUUGGGAUUUCUUUGCUUUUUUGUUUGGCUUCAUGCUGAAAAAGGAUUUUUUUGCUAACCGUUUGGUAAUAAUCCAGUGGUGAUCAAGGGGAUAAAUCAUUCACCCUGGCCGAAAAAAAACAAUCACUGAGAAGUCUCAAAGAAAUAUACCACGUGAGGGGAAAAAACUGGGAGAAGAUCCGGAAUAUUAUCGUUUUUCCUAUGGUAAAACCGGUGCCCCUCUUCAGGAGAACUGAUUUCAAAUUAUUAUUAUGCAACCACAAGGAUCUCUUCUUUCUCAGGGUGUCUAAGCUGCUGGAUUGCUUUUCGCCCAAAUCAAUGUGGUUUCUUUGGAACAUUUUCAGCAAAGGAACGCAUAUGCUGCAGUGUCUUUGUGGCAAGAGUCUUAAGAAAAACAAGAACCCAACUGAUCCCCAGCUCAAGGGUAUAGUGACCAGGUUAUAUUGCAGGCAAGGCUACUACUUGCAAAUGCACCCCGAUGGAGCUCUCGAUGGAACCAAGGAUGACAGCACUAAUUCUACCCUGUUCAACCUCAUACCAGUGGGGCUGCGCGUUGUGGCCAUCCAGGGAGUGAAAACAGGGUUGUAUAUAGCCAUGAAUGGAGAAGGUUACCUCUACCCAUCAGAACUUUUUACCCCUGAAUGCAAGUUUAAAGAAUCUGUUUUUGAAAACUAUUAUGUAAUCUACUCAUCGAUGCUGUACAGACAACAGGAAUCUGGGAGAGCCUGGUUUUUGGGAUUGAACAAGGAAGGGCAAGUUAUGAAAGGAAACAGAGUAAAGAAAACCAAGGCAGCAGCUCAUUUUCUACCCAAGCCAUUGGAAGUUGCCAUGUACCGAGAACCAUCUUUGCAUGACGUCGGAGAAAUGGUCCCAAAAGCCGGGGUGACGCCGAGUAAAAGCACAAGCGCGUCUGCAAUCAUGAAUGGAGGCAAACCAGUCAACAAAAGUAAGACGACAUAGCCAGAUCCUCACAGGUGUUGUGACUGACUCUCCCUGAGCACCGUUGAGUGAUUUAUCCUGGCCACACCCUCCUGUUCCGGGGCCCAGGAGCAGCCGGCAGUAAGCAGAUGCUUGCUCCCCACUGGCUCGAACUUCUUGGUUGCAAGUGGAUAAAUCUCAACGUGUUGUGCCCUCACAACAGGAAGACACCUGGAUAACCAGCUCAACUCAGACCAUGGAAUGCCCUACCAGAUACGGAAUGCCUUUUUAAUAUCUUUUCUGUGACUGUGACACUUCACGUGAAUGACCUACUUCACAAGUCCACUCGAUACCUUGCCUGCUGACAGCUACCCAUAUUCCUUUUUGAGUCCCGUUUCGGCGAAUUCCAUGUGUUUAAGUUCGAUUUUGUAGCACACAGAUACUCUUGAGUAAUUUCUAGUUAGAUGCUGUAAACCUGUGCUGUUAUGGAGUUCUCUUCUUCCCGUUUUUACAGGGCUGCUGGCUCCACUGUCUGUGACCUUUUGCAGGGAUUGUGUUCCUCUCAAUCUUAACUGUCGCGGUUGGCUUAGUUGGGAGAGCGAUCAGGGAAACAGAAAGCCUUCUAAACCUAUUAUGACACAUUGCAUCUAUAAAGAUUAAGAGUUUUGUCUCUGGCUCACACUACUGAUGAAACACACAUAUACGCUCUGUCCAGUAGCAGAUACUGUGCUCCCGAGGCCACGUGGCCGGGCUGAGAAACAGGGUCAAACGCAGUCAUGAGAAGCGCUCUAUGAUCUGGGUUUGACAUCCCCCUUAGUUUCUUUGUGUGUGUGUGUGUUUUAUACAUAUCACAAGCUUACUGGUAAUGGUAACAUUUGCCUUGCCCAGCGAGCAAGACCCACUGGUUUUUGAGAAAGUGGGUCCAAAGAACUCUGUAGGCCUUGUAGGCCUGAUUAAGGUUCAUUUUCAUCUAUGAAUCCUCAUUAUUUGGAAAAAAGGAAAAAAAAUCAAUAAUUACAACCUACAAGAAUUGCGCUACCUAAAUCCAUUUCAGAUAGAAUCCUUCCUGUUUUUAAUGAACCAAACUUAAUGCCAUCCCCAGUUUGGGCUGCAUUCCACUCAUACUCAGCAGAGCAUGGGCAAGGCGGCUGUUGUGUUCUUUUCUGCAGCAGCAAUGCAAACGUUAGUUAUAAAUUAGACUUUAAUAUUUUUGGUGUUUAACAAGUUUUUAAACUGGACAUAUUAGGAAAAAAAUAUUUUUUUUAGCUCAGCAUGCUGAGUCAGGUACUGUGUAAUUCACCAGUCCAUACCUCUGACUCAGCUUCUUGGGCUCCUGUGGCCAAAUGGCUGAGUUAGAGGUGCCUUGCCAUGAUCUCAGAAUGCAGUCUGUUGAAUUAUUCUAGAUUAAAACUAAAGACAAACCAACACGUUCAAACAUCAGGUUUUCGGUCCAUACAAUUUUUUUUUUUUUCUUUUCUUUGAUUUUGCUUUCUUAACUUACUUUGGAAUUUAAUACUGCUGAAUUCUGAGCUUAGGAAAGACAACGACUAAGAAAGUCCAUGAAUAGUUGACUCCAUGGUGAAGAAACCAUGCAAAAUGUUCAAUAUUGGAUAAAAAGAGUUUCAAAAUGUUUGAUACUAAACUGUUUGGAAAUAUAUUUGUUAACUCUGUGUAUACUUAAUAAAUUUCAAUGUUUUCUCCUCAGAAGAGUUAACUGAGACCAAACUGAACCUCAUUUAUAGAAAACUAUACGUGGGAUCAAUGUACUGGCCUCUUGUUAUUAUUUCCAUGUGGAAGGAUGACCCAGUCGCCAUUUUCUCCCAUCUGCACUGUAUUUACUGGGAAAUUAUUUUGUCACUGCUUUCCUAAGUCUCCAUGACAGCCCUUGCCCAGCAUUUAAAAAUUUUGGCCUGCUUAGCUGAUUAAAGAUUUACUAUCAAUUUAACUGUUUAUGCUUAUUUCAUUUUCGUAUUGAAUUCCACUUUAAUAAAUAAAAAGUUAGCAUAACGUUUGAGUAGAUUUAUUGUCGAUAGUGCUAAAGUACAAAUACAACAAAAUGAUUCUUUUGACCUCUCGAUUUCUUGUUACACCAUUUUAAAGCCUAUUAUUUUUAACAGGCUAAGUUAAAAUACAUUAGAUGAAUUUCACUAACCAAUUGUUUAGGGAAGACAUAUAUUCUGUAAUAUGUGGCAACUUGAAAUUCCAAUUAGAUGGACUUACCCUACUGUGCACGGGCACGCGCGCACACACACACACACACACACACACACACACACACACACAUCAAACAACCCCACCUAUAUGUUUUUGAUAAUCAGCCCUACUUGCUGGUUUCUUUUUCCCCUGUAAGCUUGUUUAUUGGUUAAAAUUAUGACAAGAUUUAUUUUUGUAAGUGACUGAGAUUUCAGUAAAUGUGUAUCUCUGUUUUGUUUUUUACAUGAGUUAUCUAUAAGGGCAUUUAUCCCUAUGAAUGGAUGUCAAAAUACUUUCUUAAUAUAUGUUUAGACGUAUUGCAGAGGGGUCCUUGUUAUUUGUGAUUUAGUUAGAUCAUUUCCUCUGUGUCUGGUCUGACCUGUUGCAUGGAACAAGGACAGCACUGAUGAACUGCAUGUUGUAGGACCUGUGUAUCAAGAACCAUUGGUGUGUAUUAAUCUACAUACAAAGAGUUUGUCUGCAUUGUACAGUUUCUGUGUUGAAUAUCAUUUGUUCUAUUCAUAAAUACAACAUAUUGAAUAAAAUAUUUAUAUGACGGCAUAUUCAAAAACACUGAACAACUUUAUGUAAUGAAAUGGCAUUGCAUCACCCACAGAUAUAGAGAAAUGUCAUGUAAAUAAGUUUGGUAAACUCAUUUUCCCCCUUUACCAUGCCAAAGAAAAUUUUAGCUCUUUGACGAUACCGCUCUUGCGAUUUUUCCAGGAUAAGAGUCCACCAUUUUCUCCCCUCAAAAAUUGCUGUUUUAAGUAAGUGCAAUCUGUCACAUUUGGUGUUCUGUACAGUAAAUCUGAUGGAAUUCAUUUGUAUUUAGAAACCACCACGUGUUCUGUACCUCCAUGUACAUAUGUCAAUCUUAUCAACUCUUUCCAAUAUCACAUUCCUUUUGCAUCCAUAUCUGGUGUGAGAGGCUUAUGUCUACUGAUUUGUUAUGGUAGCUGACUGUUUCACUCAUUCCUCAACAAUGCUCUGGAAUGUUCAUUGGUUUGAUAUUUCAGGUGACAUCAUUUUAUUUUCCUAUAAGUUUGCUUUCUAAAAUAUUUUGCUACAACUUUACUUGGAAAAAUAUAGAAGAGAUGCAAAUGGUUCCGCCUAUAUAAAGAGUAAAAUGGAACUGAGCAUCAUGUCAUUACAAAUCUUGGAGAAUUUAGAGAUUCGUGCUCUAAAUGUUCCCUUGCCCUAAGUGUUUGGGGUAAGGGCUGGCUUCAAGAUGGGCCCUCAAGACUCCUGCUGCAGUCCGUCUAAUUGUUUGCCUCUUGGAGAGUAAGAAGAGUUUCUUUAUCACACCUGGCUAGUUGCUUAAUGAGUGCCUAAAGCACUAAAACAGCUGUUUUCAGGAUGACUGACAUCAGAUUUGGUUCUUUUUUAAAAAACAAGAAAAAAACUUCUCUCUUUUUAAGUUAGACAUGUAUCACUUCAUUUAAAGUUUUCUCCCUAAUAUUAGAGUGAGAAUUAACAUUUGAAGGAGAGACCAGAUUGACUAAGAAAUCCAUUUUAGAAGGAAUUGAAAAUCAUUAAAAAUUAUUUUCAAUGUUAUUUCAGAACAAGACUAUAUCCAGGGCAAGCUUUUGAGCUAAACACAGGCAUAUCAAACGCCAGGUGUGAAUAGUAUUACUUUGGAGUAAAAUACAUUUCAUAGUGUAGCUUUCUUAGCUUACAAAGUGGCACACAGGGCCUGUUGACUCUCUCAAAUACUGAGUAGGGUUUCAAAGGUUUGAUAGUGAGUCUGCAAACAAAGGCUGAGUUAUGUUUUUGUUUUUUCCUGGUUUUCUCUAUCAUUUGGUCUAAUCCCCAUGUUGUGUCUGCAUUUGAGGUGGUGGAGGCCAUUCCUUCCAAUGUGCGGUAGGAAUCUAGAUUAGCUAAGAGUCCAGGAAGACAACAGGAUAUAGUGAUUCGCUUAGGUCUUAGGAUGUUAGUAGAAUCUUAUUAAAAAGUCCUUUAUGGAAGAAUUCCUCAGUGAUGGUUAGCCAAGCAAGCAGGGUUGGUGCCAACACCAUCUGCAAACGUGUCACAUCCUUCCCAGUUGACGUUAAUCCCACCAUAACUGCCGACCAACUCGAACAAGCCAACAAAAUUUGCAUAUUUUCCCUCCACCUAUUACAAGUUUGUUCUUGCCCUGCCUUUUUUUUGAAGAGGGAGUUUUUAUCUUAGUAAUGGAAUCAAAAGUCAAAGUAUAAAAUUACAUUUAAGAAGGGUAGAAUUUAUGUCUUUACAUGUAACUAUGUUUAUUUUUCUCCAACUUAAACAUGUAAAUUAAAUCACUUCUUAAUAGAUCUAUUGAUGUUUCAUUGCUAGAGACAAAAAUCACACAUAAAAACACACACAAGAACUGUUAUAGCAGACAGAAAGAGGUAAAAAGAAAAUAUUUCUGUUUUAAAAGAAAAAUAUUCAUUAGAGUUUAGGUACCAUGUGACUUAUGCUACAAUUCAGUUUUGGUUCAAUAAUUCAUAGCUAAAUGAACCACAGAAUAUAGCUGACUAUAAUAGAUUUUGUCAAAAAAUUUGGACAAAUCACAUUCUGAACUUUAUAAUAAAGUAAUUUCUCCAUAUUUAAACUUCUUAAAAAGCAUAAAUGCUGAGGACAUUUUUCUUACACGAAAAUAUAAGAAGGGCAGCACUCUUGUUGCAGGGAUAACAAAUAUAGAGAAUGAUAAGAAAACUAAGACACACCUAGGGUAACGUGAUGAGACAGGAAACUAAGGGCCGUACCAGUAGAGCGGGAUGGCAAACUACUGCUCGGCUGCAAGCCAAAUACAGCCUGAAAUCUGUUUCUUAUGGCCCAGGAGCUCAGAAUGAGGUUUUUAUUUUUAUUUUUUCCAUUUUAAAGUAUUAAACGUGAACAGACAAGAAUCUUCUAUAGAGAUGUAUGUGACCCACAGUCUAAAAUAUUUACUAUCUGGUCCUUUAUAGAAAGCAGGGCUCUGCAAGAGGGGAAACUGAAAGUCAUUUGUAUUACGAUGGCUGGAUAAGGUAAUGAAUUCCGAUGUUCAUGCAUCAUCACAUAAGGCAUCAAAAUUGCAACUGAACAAUGACAACAGAUUUGUUUGAGGCUUAAAGUGUUUAGAUAGAGAAGAGGAAAGAGUACAAUCUGUAUUAUUUCUUGACUGCUUAUAGUCUCCUCAUUUUACAAAAACUGAUAUAUCAAUUGACAUACUUAAUAACAGAGAUACAAUUUACAUGGUUGCACUCCUUAAUCUCAGGAGAUGACAAUUUUAUAAAUCUCUUCAAGUAUGAGAACACUAUUAGUACUAUAAAAAUCAGCAUCAGUUAAAUUUUCUCUUAAAUAAUUUUCAAUAUCAAAUUUUUAAGUAACUCAGCAGAUACAUAUUUUCCUUAUUUUUGGUGAUUUGACUUAGAAAAGUCCAAGCCAUGACUCUAGAAUAUUUACAUCAUCAAGUAAAAUUUCCAAGCAAAAAUUUUCAUCUUAAACAAUAUGGAAAUGAUUUUGUUACAUUAUUCUAGGAUUUUACAAAAUAUAAAUCACAUUUAGAAAAAAAGUGGGGUUUUUAUUAGCUCUAAAUAUUUAAAGGUUGCCUAGAGUAAUGUGUAUAAGUAGACUUAACUGUAAAUAUGUAAGGGAAGUCCAAAUUAUUGUACAUUUUCAUAAUGCAAUGUGAAUUUCAUACAGAGCAGAAUUUCACCAUUAAGAAAAUAAACAUUUUGUUCUUAUUACUGAGUGAAUAUUUGUAAUUUCUAUUGCAGCCAUUUCUGGAUUUUUAAAAAAUCCUCUGAGCUUUUGAGACUUUUUAUUAUAGUAUCUCUUCUUGAUUUCUUUGCAUGCCCCUACUUUUCCAGUAAGUAAUGUAUCCUUAUAAAUAAGAAUCUUUUAAGAGAAGUGAAUGUAUAUUUCAGGCCCAUCAUAUAUCUAACUAUAUGUUGUCUUUUUAAAAGGCAAGUUACCAUGGAGUAAACAGUAAAAAAAUUGUAUUUCUUGUAUAUGUAACCCUUGCCCAGUUUUUAAAAAUGUUCUAGAAACAGAAAAUAGAUACCCCUGAAUAAAAAUUCAUUUUUUUGGGUUAAUCCUCAGUAGGCAAAUAUAUACUGACACAGAAUAUAAGCAACUUAUGUCA